CAAGACGAGGACCGUGGUCGGUGGACGUCGUCCAGAUAGGUUUUCCAUCUUGGAGGCGUCGCGUCGCGUCCUGGUCGUAUCCGCGUCGUCCAGGCUCAACAGACCCACGCGCGUCCCUAGUCCUCGCGCCAGGGGCUUCACACCUCCGCUCCAAACGCGCACCCGAAGUCCCUCGACUAAAAGUCUCUCGACUAACAGUCCCUCAACUAAAAGUCCCUCGACUAUAAGUCCCUCGACUAAAAGUCUCUCGACUAACAGUCCCUUACAACAUCGAAUAACUUCCAACUCCGAAAACUUGUGUGGUUUCCCAUGGACGAACUGUGCAUCGUGUGUUUCGUAUGAUCCAACGCAAGUUUCAUUUCCAUGAUUGUGCUUCGUCGGUUAGAAAUCUAGCUUUUGAGAAGGUUCGAGCGACUCCCGCUGUCGGAAAGUAAAGCCCUCUCUCGAAUCUCUCUCGAAAUUUAAACCGAGUGUUCGCGCGUGUAUCCCCACACGCAAAGAGCUGCAAUCAAAACGACAUCGUUGGUGUAUUUUUGUGGAAAAGUGCGCGAAAUUCAUCUUUCAGAACGUAGAUUUUCAACCUAGGCGAGUUCGACGCGGACGGUGUGGAAUCCGGUAAAAAAAAAUCGAAGUACGAUCGUGAAAUUUUGAGCGGAGUGCUUGAUGAGGGUUUCGGUGUGUUCGGACGGGAAUUUUUACGGUGGAUCCGGGUUCGGAGCAUAAAAACUCGAGUCUAAGUUUUUGUCGGGCGAGGAUCCGUCAAGAGAGUGUGUCAUCGCGAGUGGAAGAGACGGGGUGGCUCGUGCUGCGGAGAAGUGGACGACUGCGGGUGAUAAAUUGGAUGCACGCAGACUGCCCGGACCGGAGCGGCUAUAGCGCCACGGCCACGGGGGAAGAAGCAAGGAAAAAUCCACACACUUAAUUAUUUCACUCCGAGUGGUCUUGAUGAAGUGCCCCGACAAAAAAGAGUGAGACGUCACAAGAUGCCCAGCACCGACAGGCGCUCCGAGUGAUCUCCAAGAGCUGAAACGGCGGUACAAUCAACAAAUAAACACCAAUAUUUGACGUUAUGGGCAAUUGAUGUCGAACUGGUCAAAAAAUCACCCAGAAAAAGAAGAAGAAGAAAAGGAAAAGAAAAGACCUCCAAAAAACCAAGAUCUAAACCGUAUAAAAAUGUAGCCUUUAAGAUCUCAACUCCCAAACCAAUCGAUACUCAAACCACCCUGAUUAACAAGCAACCAUUGGCAAUCCUCCCAAACCGUCAACAUGUUAGUCAUCCUGAAAAAGAGGAUAAUUUUCGUAAAUAUCUACGUUUUAUUCGUCGUGUGUGACGUCAGCGAGGCGGAUCGCCAGAGCGACUCCGAUCACGUGAUCAUCACCCACCUGGGUCCGAUGCGCUACGACCCGAUACGGGAGGACCCCCUCGAUCUCAAGUCCAAAACAGGGGGAUACUUCAAAGCUGAAAUCUUCAGCGUCCCGGUCAACGACACCGACGAGGCUUCCGGCAAGACCCACCAGAAUGCGCUGAGCUCCUCGGCGACGGUCCCCGUCUCCUCCGGCUACAAAGUCAGCAAGGAGCAACCGUCGAGGCACAGAGGCGACCCCUCCGGGGACCGAGAGAUCUAUUCCCGGAGUGGAGGCAACGGCCAGAAGAUGGACAGACUCGGCGCGACGUCACAAAAACGGAUAACGCGUCGGGCGUACCACACGAUCUCGACGAAGUCCCGGCGGCAGUCCAAGGAGCCGGAGAACGGGGGCGGGGGUGGCGAGGAGCAGAUCUCGACCGGGCCGAUCAGGAUCACGUCGCCGGACGAGGGGGUGAAGGUGGACGGGUACCUCAAGGGGGAGGUCAUCACGGGGCUGGGGCGACCGACGAAGCUCAAGGUCGAGGACCCGCCCCCUGGGUGGAAGCCGCUCAUCAAGCCCGGAGGAUUCAACUUCGAGACCAAGUCCAAGCUCAGGGACCAGGACGCCAAGAAACGCCUCGGACCGACGUCGGGCGGCCUUAAUCAGCUCUCUGGGAACCUUGAUUCUAUGAGGAAUUUCCCACUUCGACGGAACCCACUCUCGAAGGUCUACGGCUACCCGUCCAUCGUAGAGCUUCCUCCGCAACGAAACCUGUACAUGGAGCGAGACCCGAUGCGCUCUUACGGCCCCGGCUUCUACUCAAACUACUAUCCGGCGGACCGGCUCAACCAGCAGAACUACUACUUCAACGGCCAAGGCUUCAACGGGACCGGGCUCGUACCCACCGAGCGGUUCCGGAACCGCUUCGAUCUUCCCAGCUCUGGGUUCCGGAACCCGGGUUCCUUCGGCUCCCUGGGGCCCUCCCCGCGCUUCGGCUACGCCACCUACUACCCGACGGACCUCGAGAACGAUGACUUCUACUCGCGGAUCCGGUCGCCCGGCUUCGACACCCGGUUGGAGUUCCCCGCGUCCAAGUGGACUUUCAAAACGGACCUGAGCAGACCCAACCUCCCGGUGACCUUCCCAGGGCAGUCCAGGGAUGCGGGAGGAUCCAAUAGAGGACUAGGGGGUGGUGGAGGUGGAGGGGGAACUUUUGCGGGAGGGGAGGGGGCAGGGUUCGGCGGGGGUGCUGGGGGUAACGGGCAGGUGUCGAAGAGCUUCCAGGAGGUGAAGAACAACAACCAAGACAACAACCAGGUCAACAUUCAGCGAACGAUUGAUACUCAGGAGAACUUCGGGACGAAGACGGACUUCUAUUAA